GGCGACAAGGCACACGAGCGAGUGUUGAAGGGUGUUUUCCUCGCUCGUCACAGCUUGACUGGCGUUUGCACCUGCAAAGUACCCAAACACGGAACGUAGGACAUUUAUUAUUGAUCGGACUGUGGAUCGUUGUCGCUUUUAACUUGUUGCUGUGUGUGUGAAGAGGCGCGGCUCAACGAAAGUUGUGAAGUAGUGAAGAGAACGAUCGCUCGAGUAUUCAUUUUACUGUUAAACUGGUUCGAGUACCCAGUCGGUGAUCAUCAGAUAGCGGCCGGUUAGCGGUAGGAGCAGGACGCAUGAGUUGAGAUUCUUUGGCCCUUUUUCCCUGGACGGGCUGAUGGGUUUUCCUUUUCUUGGAGGGACAAAGUUUGGAACUAUUUCUAUCUAUACUGCUGAGACUGAGCUGUUGAUGGACUAACUUCGUUAGGACAGAAGAAACAACACAACGACAGAAUAAUUGGAUUUACCUAAUCAACGGAGUUAAUCAUCUUCGGAUUAUGAGAUGAGUCAGUGAGUUACCAUGGCAACAUGAUUGAAGUUUGUUGACUUGGAGCAUCCGUCUAGCUUAUUAUAUCAUCUGUGAUAUCUGAACUGUGAUACACGCACCGCAGAUAAAACCUUCACGAUGCCGGGAGGAGCGGGCGGAGCCGGAUUUAUCCGGGUGAGACUUCUGCAGGUGGAGAAGGGCAUGACCUUUGAGAAUAUGUACGACCCCUAUAUUGCUAUCAACGUCAAAGAGGCUAUCGACACCCCAGGCCGUGGAAUUCAGCUUGUGCAGAGGAAGAAGACACUGUAUCCAGAAUGGAACUCUUGUUUCGAUGCACAUCUAUACGAAGGUCGCGUCAUCCAAAUGGUGGUUAUGGAACGACCAAAUCGUUUCCUUGCCGACAUGAGCCUUGGCGCCAGGGUCAUGGCAGAAAAAUGUGGCAACAGUAAUGUGACGACCGUGUGGUUGGACCUUCGACCAUCUGGACGUCUCCAAGUUCAGAUCCGAUACUUCUCAGGCACAGAAGAGUUACAGAAGCCUAUGGAUGAAGUUGGUUCAAAGCGGGGCUUCGUCCGACGUGGCGCCAUGAAACAGCAGAAAGUUCAUGAGGUCAAGGGGCAUCAGUUUAUUGCCAAGUUUUUCCGCCAGCCAGUAUUCUGCUCCUUCUGCAAUGACUUCAUGUGGGGGCUGAAUAAACAGGGAUAUCAAUGUAAAGCAUGCAACUGUGCUGUCCACAAGAAAUGCCAUGUCAAGAUCCUCAGUGACUGCCCAGGCAGUGCUAAAGACAGUCGAGAAACAAAGAUGUUAACAAAACGAUUCAAGAUCGACAUGCCACAUCGAUUCCGUGUGAACAACUACAUGUCUCCGACGUUCUGUGAUCACUGCGGCACCCUGUUGUAUGGCCUCUUCAGACAGGGACUCAAAUGUGAAGUGUGUGGAGUCAACUGCCAUAAGAAGUGUGAGAAGUACAUGCCGAAUCUAUGUGGAGUGAACCAGAAACUUCUUGCCGAUGCUCUUGCCGACGUUUACCCGUCUGGAGGCCGCUCCAAACCCUCAUCGUCAGCUCCUUCCACAGGAACCACUGUGACAGAGGUCGAGGCCGAGGCCGAGGCCGAAGAAGACAGUGAUGAUGAGAACUACCAAGAGAUGUGGCGCAUGGGCACUGCGACCUCCCCAACCAAGGCACCCCCUGUUGCCCUCAGGAAGUACACGCCAGAAGAGUUCAGCUUCCUCAAGGUGCUAGGCAAAGGCAGCUUUGGCAAGGUGUUGCUGGCCCAGUUGAGAGGCACGGACCAGUACUACGCCGUCAAGGCCCUGAAGAAGGAUGUCGUGCUGGAGGAUGAUGAUAUCGAGUGUACCAUGAUAGAGAGGCGGGUCCUGGCCAUGGGCUGUCAACAUCCUUUCCUCACACAUCUACACAGCACCUUCCAGUCCAAGAGUCACCUGUUCUUUGUGAUGGAGUACCUGAAUGGCGGUGACCUCAUGUUUCAUAUACAAAUGAGUGGGAAGUUUGAUUUCCCCCGAGCACAAUACUAUGCAGCAGAAAUACUUUGCGGCCUUCAGUUCUUACAUUCCCAUGGAAUUAUAUACAGAGACUUGAAGUUGGACAAUGUACUGCUUGACAAAGAUGGCCACAUAAAGAUAGCAGACUUUGGCAUGUGCAAGGAAAAUAUAUUUGGUGAAAAACUUGCCACUACGUUCUGCGGAACUCCUGAUUAUAUUGCUCCGGAGAUUCUGAAAGGCCAGAAAUACAACGCCUCGGUGGACUGGUGGUCAUAUGGCGUGCUGUUGUACGAGAUGCUGAUUGGCCAGUCUCCCUUCCAUGGCGACGAUGAAGAUGACCUCUUCCACUCCAUCCUCCAUGAUACCCCCCGAUACCCCCACUCCAUGUCCAAGGAAGCCGCAACAAUGCUGAGUCUGCUGUUUGAACGGAAUGCACUGGAACGUCUGGGCAUGCCAGGGUGUCAAGCUGGACCAAUCAGAUCGCAGCAAUUCUUCCGCAACAUAGAUUGGGAGAAACUGGAGAAACGAGAAAUGCCACCACCUUUCAAACCAAAGCUUAAAUCGGCUAGCGACAGCUCCAACUUUGACAUGGACUUCACUAUGGAGAAGGCUCAGCUCACUCCACCAGACAAGGACCUCAUGAAGACAAUGAACCAGAAUGUAUUCAAGAACUUCUCUUUCACUAGUGAAGCAGCAGGCUAAAGUAACCAAUCACUGACAAGAUGCUAGGAAGAUGUAGCCAGUCAGGAGCGGGUUAGGGAAGUAGCCAAUCACAGACCAGCAGAUGGAGAAAACUAACCAAUCCUGAACAAGCAUUGUAAUUCAAAAUGGAAAAUACUUCCAUAUCUACAUGUCUGAUGUUAUUGUUAGAAUGUUCAACAGUUCUGAGACUUCAUGUAUGGAAAGUUAGUUUUAUGAUUGGAUUCAAAUAUUUGCGAUAAAUCAGUCUGAUUAUCUUUUUAUUAGAACAUAUCUGUUAUUGUUUGAAAGGAAUGGGUUCCGACCAAAUAAGGACAAUCUGGAAAUUCAGGAUUCACAAAAUCGGUGAAGCAUUAAUGAGAUUUUCAAAAUGGCUGCUUAGCUGAAGUAUUGAAAGUACAUUGUUUGAAGUUGAAUGCUUAAUGUGUUUAUAGACUCUUAUAGGAGAGAUUCCACGUUCAGUCACUGGGAGCAUAUUUAUAUGAAGAUACCACAAAAUACAGGGGGGCGUUUUUGUGCACUUGACCAGAAACGUGGUUUAGCGUUUUCGCAUUGUGGUCAUUCGGUCAAGAAAACACCUGGGUAAAUCCAUAACAAUAUGGCAUCGAGAAUGCUUGAUCUUGUGCCGCCAACACUUUCCAAGGAAGAA